AUGGCAGCUGUUGCAGCUCGAGAGGCCAGCGUCGACACUCCUACCAAGGCCCCGAAGGCUCAGGCCCCGAAGUCGCAGGCACCUAAACCCCUGAAGAUCAGCAAGGCCCGCGGCAAAAUAACUGCCACAAGAUCAGCUGGUUCGAAGGUUUCUGAGGCCAAGACCCUUUCAAGCCCUUCUAUCCCGCUUGUCUGCGUCGUUUGCCCCACCAACCCGCGCUUUUCCGAUGUCUCGCACCUCCUUACGCAUCUCAACUCGAAGGGCCAUCUUCAGACCCUCAAUGAUGUAAGGAUUCGCGCUAUCGCUGACCUUUCGGCCGCCCAAGCCAUCUUCACGUAUGACAAAUGGUACAACGAGCAUGGCCUCGAGGCAAUGCUCGCAGAACGUCUGAAGGUCAAAGACGAGAGAUCGAAGGGCCCUACCAUGGGCAAGCGACCCGGACAGCCGACCUCUCAGAAUCUAAAGAAGAAGAAGACCCUUCCCCUUCUUGUCAAGCGCGAGCCUAGUAACGACGCCUCUUGGACACCUCCCCCGACUGGCCGCCUCUUUGAGCAGCAGACCAUUACGUUCCAUGGAGACCAGAACAACAGUCCCGUCUCGACUCCAACCGACGAUGUCAUCGACUGGACUCCAGAUGAGCUUGAGUCAGCAAGGCUGAAGGGAAUCGUCUGGCCGGGCAUGGGUAUUUUCGAUGCUGCAACCCCUGACCAAAAGAAGAAGAGAAACCAGCGCAAGGAUGCUUCCGUGCUUCAGCAGAUGGAGCUAUCUUCUCAAGCCAUCACCACCACCGAAUUGGUGGCGAAUCUCGAAAUGGAAAUCGAGAGAACCCGCGAUGUCUAUGACGCACCGUCAGUUGAGGGAACUCCGAUCGCCAAGUCAAAGCGCCGACAGAAGCGUAGCCGUAACGUUGAGGAAGAGGAGGACGAAGAUGCUCAACUCCUUGUCAAGCCAGAGCCCGACGACAAGUCUGCCCUACUGGCAUCUCGUAACACUGUUGUGCGACACAAGAAGCAUGCCACUAGACAGAAGCUGGCGACUGAGAUUGACGUCAAUUAUCUGUCGGAGAAGUUGGAUGUCAUGAGCGACGUCGCCAGCAGCGCUGAUGCCGGCGUCGAUGUCGAUGCCGGCAUCAAUGUGGAGCUCGAUGAAGACUUUGACGAUUCUCCAUUCGGAACCGGCUCGUCUUUGAACAACUUGAACCCUCACAAGUUCAACGUUCAUGAGGAACACGACAUCUUUCGCGACGCCAACUGUGGACUCGCUGCCCCCCAGCAGUUUUCUCAGGAGAUGAUGGAUGAAGCUAGGUCUUUUAACCUUGACCUAGGCAAACUCAAUGACAUGGUAUAUUGA